AUGUCGGGCUGGGCGGACGAGCGCGGCGGCGAGGGCGACGGGCGCAUCUACGUGGGGAACCUUCCGACAGACGUGCGCGAGAAGGACUUGGAGGACCUGUUUUACAAGUACGGCCGCAUCCGCGAGAUCGAGCUCAAGAACCGACACGGCCUCGUGCCGUUCGCCUUCGUACGCUUCGAGGACCCUCGAGAUGCUGAGGAUGCGAUUUAUGGAAGAAAUGGUUAUGAUUAUGGCCAGUGUCGGCUUCGUGUGGAGUUCCCCAGGACUUAUGGAGGUCGGGGUGGGUGGCCCCGUGGUGGGAGGACUGGACCUCCUACAAGAAGAUCUGAUUUUCGAGUUCUUGUUUCAGGACUUCCUCCAUCAGGCAGCUGGCAGGACCUGAAAGAUCACAUGCGAGAAGCUGGGGAUGUUUGUUAUGCAGAUGUCCAAAAGGAUGGAAUGGGGAUGGUUGAAUAUCUCAGAAAAGAAGAUAUGGAAUAUGCCCUGCGUAAACUGGAUGACACCAAAUUCCGCUCUCAUGAGGGUGAAACUUCCUACAUCCGAGUUUAUCCUGAGAGAAGCACCAGCUAUGGCUAUUCACGGUCUCGGUCUGGGUCAAGGGGCCGUGACUCUCCGUACCAAAGCAGGGGUUCCCCACACUACUUCUCUCCUUUUAGGCCCUACUGAGACAGGUGAUGGGAGGUUUUCUUUAUUAUUUUUUUUUUUUUUAGAUGACCUGAGCUGCUUUGUGCUCAGAAUCUACAUUCCAGAUUGGUGAUUUAGUGUCUUAGGAAGUUUUUUAAAAUUUUUUUUUUUAAGGGAAAAAACUACAUAAUUUCUACCAGGGCCAUAUUAGCAGUGACAUGUUUUAAACUGCAGGCAUUGUGGUUUUGGUUCAGAAACAAGUUGUAUAUUUUUCACCCCUGAUUAUGGGAAAAAAAAAAUCAGUGCUGUGUCUUUGUGGGUUGCUCUGCUAUGAAGAACAGCAGCUACUGUGACUGAGUUGGCCCAUUCUGUUUAGAAAUAUAUUUUAAAUGUUUAGUAAUUAA